UUUAGCAUUAUAUACACGUAUUUAUACGCCACAGACGUGACUUUAACACCUAAAGAGGCACGGACAUAAAUAUUGCUUUCCACGAUUUACCCUCGGCCGGUAUAGAUGGUUUGCUGAGCGUAAAAAUUGUAUAAUCUUCUGGGUGUCCAGGAACAAAUGUAUAAGUGACCUAGACUUUUCCUUCAAGUAGGCUCCAUGAACAACCUGAAUGACCCUCCCAGAUGGAACAUCCAGCCAGACGACAGGGGAAGAGGGGCGGGGGCCGGUGAUGGCAACCAAUGGAACUACGCUCUGCUGGUCCCCAUGUUGGGACUGGCUGCGUUUCGCUGGAUCUGGACCAGGGAAUCUCAGAAGGAGAUCCAGAAUGUCAAAGCGCAGUACAACAAAGAUGUCUCCAAGAUAAAAAUCGAGAUGGAGGCACAGUAUCGUGAGACACUGACAGAGAGGCGCAGGGCCGUGGCUACGCUGGAGGUGGAGCUGGAGAAAGAGAGGCAGAGGGUGAAAGGCUAUAAGCAGGCUCUAGCCUCACAGAGCCAGCAGCUUAUGGAAGAACGGAAACAGUUACUGCAGGAGCGAGAUGCGUUGGACGAGGAGAAGAAAAGGUUGGUGAAGUCUGGAGCUGCAGGUGCUAUGCUGCAUCAGGCGUUGGAAAGAGAGAACAGCUGGUACCAGCGAGCCACAGCAACUCUAAAAGAGCUGGAAGGUCAGCUCGUGGAGCGCCAGUACGCCUACUGCUCCCUCGUCGUACCUCGAAAACAGCGGUGGGAGAUGGAGAGGAACAUGCUGCUUAAGGUCGUUAAAGAGCCCAUCGGGGCAGGACUGGAUCUUGAGUCUGACCUGAAGGAUAUCUUUGAGAAAGAUAGGCAUUGUGCAGACGUCCUGAACGUGGACAAGAAGAAGAAUGGAAGCCUCAUGUGGGUGUACCUCAAGUACUGGCAGUUGCAGAUCCUCACCCAGAAACACAAAAAAGCAGAGGAAGCCAUAUUAGGAAGAAAGAUCCAGUCUGACACACAGUGACAAAAAACAAGCGUAAGCUGUUUUUUGCGGAUCAGGAAUGGAAAAUGGUUUUGUUUUUCCACUGUGCAAUUAUCUUCACUUGAUAGGGAUGUUAUGCAAACACAAAUGGGUGAUCUCAAGAGAAUCAGGAUUUAUAAAAGAUGGAACAUUUUGAUCAUGCACCAUUAUCUUCAUUUUAGAAGCCCCAGUUAAGACGUAUUAGCUUUAAAUUAAGAGUGUGAAAACUUAGCACUAAGAUAAUUCAGGUGAAAUCCAUAUUGGAUGCACAACCGAUGCUAAAAAAAAUAUCUGUUUCAGUUGUGUGAUGAAUUAAUGUGAAUUGAGUGAUCGCCUGGGAUAUUUUUUUAUGUCUUCUUCUCAGAUAUGAAAUUGGGACUUUCAUGACCUGUUGUCCCAUAUGAUGAUAAGCCUUUCUGGAAAAGCACUGUUUCUCUUCAGGAAUUUACUAAAAUGUAAUAAUGAAGUUCAUAAGCCAAUCCAAAAUCAACACCUCCAUCGCAUUUGUCACAAAAAAGUCAUUUCAGUUGUUAAAUAUUAUGAAAUUUGUUUUGUAUAUAUGUUGACGGGAUUUUGUGGGAUUUUUUUUUUUUAUCAACGAUGCAGUUUCCUUCAUCUAUGACAAUCUCAUGUUUUGCCACUUUGAAACUAAACUAAGUAAAACCUACAGAAUAGUGUUAUUUUGUAUCUCGUCGCUGGUUCGCGAGAGCCUCAUAACUAUCAGGGAGACAGGACAUUACUGGAGGUGCAUGUGUACAAACUAGUGCUUGGUACUGUAACAUCUUUUAACAAAAAUAGCAACAUAAAAAUGGCUAUUUGAAUUCACACUCUAACCUGCGCCUGCAAGGAAAUCGCUAUAACUGUGGAAUUUUUAUUUUUACACUUGGGUCUCUUGUUGUCUGUUUUUGAUCUUGUCUCAGUGAAUAGGUAAGUCAUUGAUAACACUGUAAAUGUCACAGUGACACUGAUCAUCAUGUGUGUGUGAAAUCAUCUGAAUAAAUUUGUUUGAGAACCUCA